GGCACGUGCUGGAGGAAGUGGCGCUGUCUGUACGCGCGGCGCUCGUAGGCUCCUUAACCGGGAGCCAUGGGAGGCCUGGAGAAAAAGAAGUAUGAACGAGGCUCUGCCACCAACUAUAUCACCCGAAACAAAGCCCGGAAGAAGCUGCAGCUGAGCCUGGCUGACUUCAGGCGGCUGUGCAUCCUCAAGGGCAUUUAUCCCCAUGAGCCCAAACACAAGAAGAAGGUUAACAAGGGCUCCACAGCACCACGGACUUUUUACCUCAUCAAAGACAUCAAGUUUCUCCUCCAUGAACCCAUCGUCAACAAGUUCCGGGAAUACAAGGUGUUUGUCCGGAAGCUCCGAAAGGCCUACGGGAAGAGUGAGUGGAACACUGUGGAGCGUCUGAAGGACAAUAAGCCCAACUACAAACUUGACCACAUCAUUAAGGAGCGGUAUCCCACAUUCAUCGACGCCCUGCGGGACCUGGACGAUGCCCUGUCCAUGUGCUUCCUGUUUUCUACCUUCCCCCGGACUGGCAAGUGCCACGUGCAGACCAUCCAGCUGUGCCGCCGGCUCACAGUGGAGUUCCUACACUAUGUCAUUGCUGCCCGUGCCCUGCGCAAGGUCUUCUUGUCCAUCAAAGGCAUUUACUACCAGGCUGAGGUGCUGGGACAGCCCAUUGUGUGGAUAACACCCUAUGCCUUCUCCCAUGACCACCCAACAGACGUGGACUACAGGGUCAUGGCCACCUUCACUGAGUUCUACACCACCCUGCUGGGCUUUGUCAACUUCCGCCUCUACCAGUCGCUCAACCUCCACUAUCCCCCCAAGCUUGAGGGUCAGGCCCAAGCAGAGGUGAAGGCCAGUGAGGGCAUCUACGCGCUGGACUCUGAGAGCUCUAUGGAGAAACUGGCAGCCCUCAGUGCCAGCCUGGCCCGUGUGGUGGUGCCUGCCACGGAGGAGGAAGCUGAGGUGGAUGAGUUUCCCACUGAUGGGGAGAUGGCAACACACGAGGAGGACCGCAGGAAGGAGCUGGAGGCACAGGAAAAGCACAAGAAGCUUUUUGAGGGCCUGAAGUUUUUCCUGAACCGUGAGGUGCCCCGCGAGGCUCUGGCCUUCAUCAUCAGGAGUUUUGGGGGGGAUGUGUCCUGGGACAAGUCUUUGUGCAUUGGUGCCACCUAUGAUGUCAUGGACUCCCGCAUCACCCACCAGAUUGUCGAUCGGCCUGGGCAACAGACCCCCGUCAUUGGCAGGUACUACGUGCAGCCCCAGUGGGUGUUUGACUCUGUGAACGCCCGGCUCCUCCUCCCGGUGGCAGAGUACUUUCCUGGGGUGCAGCUGCCCCCACACCUUUCGCCCUUCGUGUCUGAGAAGGAAGGGGAUUACAUCCCUCCUGAGAAGCUGAAGCUGCUGGCUCUGCAGCGGGGAGAGGACCCAGGAAACUUGAAUGAAGAGGAGGAGGAGGAGGAAGACAAUGAAGGUGAUGGUGAGGAAGCGGGAGAAAAUGAAGAGGAUGACGAAGAUGAGGAGGCUGGUUCGGAAAAGGAGGAAGAGGCCCGACUGGCAGCCCUAGAGGAGCAGAGGAUGGAGGGGAAGAAGCCCAGGGUGAUGGCAGGCACUGUGAGGUUGGAGGACAAGCAGCGGCUGGCCCAGGAGGAAGAGAGUGAGGCCAAGCGCUUGGCCAUCAUGAUGAUGAAGAAGCGGGAGAAGUACCUUUACAACAAGAUCAUGUUUGGCAAGAGGCGGAAAAUUCGGGAGGCCAACAAACUGGCAGAGAAACGGAAAGCACACGAUGAGGCUGUGAGGUGUGAGAAGAAGGCCAAGAAGGCAAGGCCGGUGUGAGUGCCAGUGGCCCCUCGCUAGGCCAAGGCCAGCUCCCGGAAGCUGCGUGUGGCAGAGGCGAGCCAGAGGACCUAAGCUUGGUGACAAACCAGUUGCUUCUGUUCUCAUUCCCUUCCUUCCCUGGCCAGCCCUGGCCCCCUCGUGCUCUCUGGCUGGGCAGGUGGGCAGCCCUGGCCUUCCUUGGAUGUAGCUCCCUCCUCCCUGUUCUGCUGGGCAGAAAAGAGGCCUUUGUGCCCAGCCUGAUUUUGUGCUUCCAGGAGUCAGUGACAUGGGGCACAGGGACCUGACUAGCCCCUCACCUGCUGCCCCUGUUCACCCUGGCUUUCCACAGCCUCCCCCUGCCCCAGGGCUGGACCGAUGAUUCUCAGGGUGCUGUGAUGGGGUGAGGGUGGGGGGAGCACUUGUUAAUAAAUGGCUGGAGUUUUGCAGCCAAUUAGA